UGCUUUUUAACAUGACCUUUGGGAGAGGCCAAUGAACAUUUGGCGGCUUUGGGUGGCUAAGAGGAGAAUCGGGAGCCGCGGUUCCCGAGCCGACCUUGGCCUUCUUCGGAGCCCAUGGCCGAAUGGACGGUCGUGCACAUCGAGCGGCCCUUCAAGGGCCGCGCGGAGCCCAUGAAGCUGCUGCUGGAGGAUGCUGGGGUAAACUACUCAGUGCGGAAUGAGCCCGUGGACUCUUUGCUCCCCUUCGACAUGUGGCGAGACGUGGAUAAGGUAGAGCUGGACAGCACGCCAUUCCCAGUUCUGUUUCCUCCUGUCCUUUGGCACCGGCCAGCGCACGGCGAGGAGGUCUACAUCAACACCCACUACGCCUGCCUGCGGUAUCUGGGGCGCUGCCUGGGCUACCAGCCCGCGUCUGCGGCAGAGACCGCGCGCGCAGAUCAGAUCCUGCAGAACGCAGUGGACUUUUGGUGGGAGGGCCGAAUGAGCUUCCACCCGCUGGACUCCUCUCACCGGGGGAGCUACUUGUCCCAGAAGGAGGAGGGGGACAAGACUUCGUUGGCCUGGAGUUCUGGACGCAUGCAGAUCUGGCUGCAGCACUUUGAGAAGCUGGUGAAGCGUUUUGGCCCGGAAGGCCCGGUGGCGGGUGGGGCUGCCGUCACCUACGCCGACUUCAUCUUGUUUCACGCGCUGGAUGCUGCAGAGGCUCAGUUCAACACGGAGUUCUACGGCCACGCCUGGGACGCGGCCCAAUGCGGCGGCUUGCAGAGCUACAAGGCCUACAUGGCGCGCCGGCCCCGGCUGCAGGCGUACAUGGCCUCGGACAGGCGCAAGCCCUGGGCGGGGGACUCGAUGUGCUGAUGCCGAAGUCCGCAGCCGCGCGAGGCCACCAGUGCUUUGCAAUAUGGAGA